AUGAGAACUGUUCCAAAGUGGGUGAAUAAAAUUCAUGAAGCCGACAAAGUUGAAUUUUCCAGUGUCCACGCGAUAUGCUUCAGUCCAGAUGGUAGCCAGCUGGUGGUAGGUGCUGGUGAGAAGGUUAUGGUGUAUGACCCUAGAGAUGGAGCGCUCGUUCAGUUACUCCAGGCCCACAAAGGAGCUGUGCAUGCAGUUGCUUACUGUGGUGAUGGCAAGAAGUUUGCUAGUGGCAGUGCGGAUAAAAAUGUUAUUAUAUGGACUUCCAAAAUGGAAGGGAUAUUAAAAUAUUCCCACAGCGAGCCCAUCCAAUGCCUGGCCUACAAUCCAGUGACAUACCACUUGGCAUCAUGUGCUCUCACUGAUUUUGCAUUUUGGUCUAUGGAUGUGAAAGCAGUCCAAAAGUACAGGGUGUCUGGCCGAAUCACAAGUUGUGCCUGGUCCACUAAUGGCCAGUACCUGGCAAUAGGUCUGGCUAUUGGUGCAAUUUCUAUCAGGGAUAAGAUGGGUGAUGAAACAUACAGAAUAGCUCGGGAUGCAGCAGUGUGGGCUGUAGCCUUUUCAAAGUCAAUUUUAGUGGUAACUGAUUGGAAUGAUACUUUGUCAUUCUAUAACACUCAAGGACAACAGAUCUUGAAGGACAGAAAUAUUGGCAUAUCUGCAUUGUCUGUGACAAUGCUUGGAGCACUGGUUCUGGUUGGGGGAAUCGGUGGGUGGGCUGUUUUAACUUCAGAAGGGGUUCCUAUACUGAACACUCCGCAGGAGUGGGUGUGGUCUAUAGCACCCUCGCCUACUUUUAAUAAUCUGGCAGUGGCAUGUCAAGACGGUACACUAUGGUGCUAUCAAAUAGUGUUUAGUACAGUACACGGAUUGUACCGGGAGAGAUAUGCUUACAGGGAAAAUAUGACUGACGUCAUCAUACAACACCUUACAACUGGCAACAAAGUGCGCAUCAAAUGCCACGAUAGAGUGCAGAAAAUUGCCAUAUACAAACAUAGACUAGCUGUACAGUUACCGGAACGCGUGGUUGUGUAUGAACAGGGUGACGUUGAAGGUAUGCUGUAUAGAGUAAAGGAGAAGUUGCCUCAAAAGACGGAGUGCUCACUUCUCGUUGCUACCAGCGACGCUUUGCUUUUAUGCCAGGAUACAAAAUUAUCGAUAAUUGGGCGACAAAUGCCGAAAUCGUGGACAGUUCCUGCUCCAAUUCGCUAUGUCAAAGUAACAACUCUAUAUUUUGAAGAAGUUUUACUAUUAGGAUUAAUGAAUGGACAGAUAUGGCAGGUAGAGCCUUGGCAAGGCAGCGCUAAAAUGGUGCUGCACACUCCAGCGUCAGUAAGAUGCUUAGACGUGAGUGCUUCCCGCGCCUACCUCGCCGUCGUCGACGAGUCUUCUGUUUGUAGAGUGUACAAACUUGCCACCAGUGAACUGCUAUUUACGGAGGAGAACAUAUCCUCCGUGUCGUGGAACUCUUGGUGUGAUGAACUGCUCAGUUUGUCUGGUGGUGGUCUACUUUCUAUAAAGGCCUGUCGGUUCCCCCCUGCCACACAACCGCUGGCUGGCUCCGUCGUUGGAUUCCAGGGUGGCCGAGUGUUCUGCUUGCAAGCCAAUUCGAUGCAAACUAUCAACGUGCCCCUCUCUCAUGCCGUUCAUCAAUAUAUUCACCAUAAAAUGUUCAAUGAAGCGUACUCAGUAGCGUGCCUAGGUGUGACGUCACUGGAUUGGGAGCGUCUUGGCGUAGCAGCGUUAGAAGAAUUGGCCUUCGAGAUUGCCAGAAAAGCUUUCCAAAGAAGCGAGAACAUCAUGUUCCUGAACCUUAUUGAUCAUUUACAGGAACGCUUCGAGGCUGGGGAGAAACGAGCAGUAGUUUUGGGCGAAGUGAUGGCGUAUCGCGGUCGGUACGCCGAUGCAGCGCGCUCCUACCGUAGUGUUGGCAGAGACGAGAAAGCGCUGAACUUAUACGUUGACCUCCGAAUGUUCAAUAAAGCACAAGAAUAUGUAGGCGAGGGCGAAGGCCUAGCGGCUCUCGCUCGACGGAGAGCAGAGUGGGCUAGACACGUGAACGAGCCUAGAGCGGCUGCCGAGAUGUACCUCGCGGCUGGCGAUGUGAAACGAGCUGCUGAAGUCAUGGCGGAGACUGGAAGAAGAGACAUGUUAAUCGAGUUGGCGCGUAAACUGGACAAGGGUUCAAGCGGGUCUCUUCGCUUCGUUGCCGAGGCGCUUGUCAAAGCCGGCGAGCCUGCAACUGCCGCUGACGUAUACCAACGUCUUGGAGACUAUACUAAAGUAGCGCAACUAGCAGUAGCUGCAGGGGAAUGGUCGCGAGCGUUCACGUUAGCCCGGGAACAUGUUGAGUGUAAACGUGAAGUUUACUUACCUUACGCUCACAGAAUGGCCCAGGAGAACAAGUUCGUUGAAGCUCAGAAAGCGUACCACAUGGCUGGUGAGAUAACAACAGCGAUGCGUGUGUUUACAAUUCUCGUCGGUAACGCUGUGGCUGAAGAGCGAUUUUCCGAUGCGGGCUACCUUCACCAUUUAUUAGCAAUGCAGUGCUUAGAAACUGCUGCGGCUGCUACCACUGAUAAGUAUGUAGUUAAACAUAUGUUACUGCAAUUUUAUAUACUGCUUGUGAUACCGAGGCUUCAUAGAAAACCGGCAGAGCGCAAUAGAUCGCUGCGUGAGUACGCAAACAACGACCGACUGGCCCGUAUCUACCACGCGUACGACGUCGUACACCGCUGCGUUCACGAGCCUUUCUCUCUCACCCAACCUGAAGCUUUACUGAACGCGGCGCGGUACAUUCUCGCGUUAUUAGACGUCGAACCACCUACUGGAGUUUCUAUGUUUUGCUUGUACCUUUGCCUAUCAAAACAAGCAAAGGCACUGAACGCGAACACACUGGCUCGGCAAAUGUUGGACAAAAUAUUGGGAUUGCAGAUACCGCACAAGUUUCAGGAAAGUGUAGAGCUGCUAAUCCUGAAGACUCGCGCUAGUACGGGCGGCGAGUCUCGGGACGACGAGGUGGCGCCACUGUGCUGGCGGUGUCGACGUCAUACGCCCCCACUCUGUGCCACCCGCUGUCCAUUCUGUAGACAUGCGCUUGCGCACUCUCUCGCUACACACGAAGUCCUACCUCUAGUCCAAUUCGAGCCUGCGGAAGGUAUAAGUUAUGAAGAAGCAUUAGAUCUGAUAGAACGCGCUCCCCUCCCAGAGACCACUCUCGCUGACAACACAGACUAUGGUGCUGAAGUGCUCAGAAUAGACCAUGAUGUCGACAGCAAUGAUCCUUUCUUAGAUAAAGUUGAUGAGGACGAUGAAGUCGGAGUAGUCGUAUGUAGCCGAGGAGCCCUACUACAACUCAGCCCAGCGAGCGUGAUAAUCAUCAAUAGACCACCGCUACGACCUAUCAUGUACCGCAACAUGUUACCUGAACUACCAGCCACUGCCUGCCAGCAUUGUCAUAAGCUGUUCUACUUAGAAGACUUUGAGAUACAGUUGGUGACAAGAGGACAUUGUCCAUUCUGCCGUCACCCUGCGGAGGAACCGCGGCCUGAAGACGAAGAAACUGAAGACUCUUUGAUAAACGACUCCAGUCCCACCCCAACUAGUCCCAGCAACGAUCGUGGUUCUUGGUGAUACCUUCAUUAUCAUCAUCAUCAUCAGCCCAUAAGUGCCCACUGCUGAGCAAGAGCCUCUUCUCACACGGAAAAGGUUUGAGCAUUAAUCACCACGCUCAAUGCGGGUUGGCGAUUUCAAUCUUAUAAUUAGAAAUUAUACCUUUAUAGCUACAAUUUUAAACUUAUCCUACUGUCCAAAAUGGUUAACGGAUCUUCAACUUUAUUGAAACAGGAUAAGUUUAAAUUUUAAAUGUUGUAGUAGCCCGGAGGUUGACUAACCUCUUUUUCUUGCAUGAGCCCUAACAAGUACGAAUGCGGCUUUUUCUGAGUUGUUGCAAUUGGUGUUUAGACACCACGGUAGAUAAUGGAGAAAGUUAAAAAUCUAUUCUAAAAUGUUCAAAUUGAAGUAGUUUCAUAGUAUUAGUGUAUUUCGUUUUUGAACUUCUCUUGUAAAAAUGAAGUCGUGUACUUCAUUCACUAUCCGAAAGUCUGAUAAGAUAAAUAGAAAAAUCAGUUAGUAGAGUUUCCUUAUACUUACCUGAAUAUGUCACAAUGAGUGCAGUAGUCAAUUUUUUAAAUGUAAUUAUAGUUGUCUGGUUUAAAUACUUUGAAAGUAUGUUCUAGGCAAGCCAGCGUC